AUGGCUAGAGCAGCCGAAGCGUCGAAGGAACAGAUUAAAGUCAUGAAUGCUAGGGCGCAGUCGAGCGAAGCAAAUCAGUCGGUAAAUGUUCUUCGAUAUGACGCCAAUCAAGGAAAAGGGCAGAUAGGUAGCCGCCGUGAAAAAACAAAGUCCGAAAAGUGUGGAUUCUGUGGUAUGGUUCACGCAUUAAGAUCUUGCCCGGCAUUCGGCAAAACAUGCAACUAUUGUAAGAAGACAGGACAUUUUGAGCGUGUGUGUCGAGCGAAGCAACGACAACGUGACUCUAGACCGAGAGAAGUGAAUGUCUUGGGGAAAUUCGAAGACGGCGAAGUUAGCGAGGAUGAUUUAUUGACAUUUUCAGUAGAGUCAAAUAACGAGGGCAGCUCAAAGAAUGACUGGCAUGUCCAGCUUAAGUUUGGAAAAACGGAUUUGAAUUUCAAAUUAGAUACAGGGGCAGAUUGUAAUGUGAUUUCGCAAUCGUCGUUUGAGCAAUUGUCACUAACAAAUACAAGAAUUUUCAAAAAUAAGAGCAAGUUGAAGAUGUUCGAUGGCCGUAUGAUAACUCCGAAAGGAAAAGUCAGCUUAGAGUGCGAGUAUAAAGGCAAAUUUACCGUGUUAGACUUUGUACUAGUUGAACAAGAUCUACCAUCGAUUUUAGGAUUAAAAUCCUGUCUAGAACUCGGGUUGGUAAAGCGAGUUUAUAGCUUGGAAGUGGACCCACCGAAGAUCGAAACAGAAUUCAGUGACGUGUUCGAAGGUCUGGGAGAGAUUAAAGAUGUUCAGUACCAGAUUAAGAUCGAUCCGGUGUCCAUUCCAGUGGUGCAUCCUCCUCGAAGAGUUCCCAUGGCCCUCCGAAAGCCACUAGAAGAAGAGUUGCGUCGAAUGGAGAAGUUGGGGGUUAUUGAGAAAAAGAAUGAACCCACCGCUUGGGUACAGUACCGCUCAGAAUUAACCUAACAAAAACCGCGGUUUAACCUCGGUUGAACAUCGGUUUGACCGCGGUAUGACCGCGGUGAUUUAAAGGUUUGACCGAGGUUAUAGCGCGGUAGUUUUGAGGUUAAACCGCGGUGACCGUGAGGUUUAACCGCAACCCAACCGAACCGAUCCGCAAGCUUCGUAUAUACUCGUCAGCAUUCGUAAAUACUCGUGUAUUUCCGAAGGGGUCAUUAUAAAAACUCCGUGUUUGCUUAAGUUAUAAAUAUUGACAUAUUUUGUAAACAUUGAGGCAUGGGGAGGCUGUCGCUUUAUGCCAGGGAGGGAAUUGUCUCUUUACUUUCGACAAAUACUUCAGUUGUUGGAAUAACUAAGAGUUUAAACGAAGGGUAAAGGCAAAUAUGUAAGUCUCGAUCUUCUUGUUUAUUACAGUUUAAAUAGAUGUUUUAGAAUAAGUAAGAAUUUGGCGCGCAUCAACUUAAAUUAACUUAACUCUUUAAUAUAAUAAAGACUAAAGGUUAUAACGCGUGUACCUAAAAGGUAAAUAAAAUCCCGGCCUUUUAGGCACACACGCGUUAUAACCUGGAGCCUUCAUUAUAAAACUUUAUUAUAACUGACAAUCUAUCCUUCAUUAUAAAACUUUAUUAUAAUCGACGAUCUGCUGUAGCCCUUAUUAUAAUUGAAGCUGACACCACAGCCUUUAGGGUUUCUCUUAGCUGUUAUAUUAUAGCCCGAGUUAGCAUUUUAUUAUUGAAGACAUUCUAUACCGCGAAUAUUUUACUGCUUUUGGUCGGAAAUCCUCGGAAUUAGAAUGCAUAUUAAAACCGCGGUUAGCUUUUUGCCGAUGCGUGGGCUAAACCGCAAAAAAAACGCCCGAUAACCGCAUGUUAACCGCACGUUAACCGCACGUUAACCGCACGUUAACCGCACGUUAACCGCCCGAUAACCGCACGUUAACCGCACGCUAACCGCAAAACGACCGCAACCGCAGUGUUAGGUUAAUUCUGAGCGGUACUGUACAUAGUUUAGUCAUCGCCAGAAAAGCAAAUAAUAAAAUUCGAGUCCGCAUGGAUCCUAGCGAUUUAAAUAAAGUGGUUAUGCGAGAGCAUUUUCCUAUGCAGACCGUUGAAGAAGUUGUCAGCAGAAUGCCCAAUGCCAAAGUGUUUAGUGUUCUUGAUGCCAACCAUGGUUUCUGGCAGGUGAAAUUGGCCAAUGAAAGCAGUAACUUAGCCACGUUUAAUACUCCAUUUGGAAGGUAUAGUUAUAAACGAUUACCGUUUGGAAUAGCUUCUGCUCCGGAAGUAUUUCAGAGUAUUAUGUCGAAUAUGUUUUCAGAUAUAGAAGGAGUCGAAGUUAUCGUGGACGAUUUGGUGGUCUGGGGAGAAGACGUGACGAAACAUGACGAACGACUUCGUUUGGUCUUAGAACGCUGUCGAGAUAAAAAACCUUAAGUUGAAUCCAGAGAAGUGUCGAUUUCGUGUCCCCGAAGUAAGUUAUGUUGGCCAUGUUUUGAGUUCAGAUGGACUGAAACCAGACCCCCGGAAAAUUGAAGUGAUUAAGGAGAUGCCGCAGCCUACAAAUUGCGAAGAGUUGAAGAGAUUUUUGGGCAUUGUUACGUAUGUUGCCAAGUUCAUUCCAAAUAUGGCACAGAUAACAGCUCCACUACGUCAGUUGCUGGAGAAACAUGUCGAAUGGGUUUGGGAUCAAGAGCAAAGACAAGCGUUUACAACUUUAAAGGCAGCGAUUGUCGAUCCACCAGUCCUCAAAUUCUUUGAUCAGAAACAAUCCGUGUGCUUGUCGGUUGAUGCCAGCUCGAAAGGUAUGGGUGCAGUGCUUCUUCAAAAUGAUCGUCCAGUAGCGUAUGCGUCGAAAGCGAAGUAAUAGUGGAAAGUGACCAUAAACCGUUAGAAGCAAUACUAAAGAAAUCCGUCCAUCAAGCUCCGCUUAGAUUGCAGAGAAUGAUACUUAGACUUAAACCUUAUGCGAUUAAAGUGAAAUAUACGCCUGGGAGUCAGUUGUUGAUAGCAGAUGCUCUUUCUAGAUCACAGAUGUCUGCACAGAUAAACGAUCCAUCAGAUGAAUUUGAAGUCAAUGUUCUGGAAUCGGGUCAGAUGUCUGAGACUAUGUUUGAGAAGUUGGUUGAGGAGACCAAGAAGGAUGCUGAACUUCAGCAGUUGCACAGAGUAGUUAUGGAUGGUUGGCCACAGACAAAGCCUGAAACGCCCUUAGAAAUUCGACCUUAUUGGAGUUACAGAGAUGAAAUAAGUGGUUAUGAUGGCUUGAUGUUUAAAGGAGAUCGU